AUGGCAGCCGCGAUCUCUCGUUCCUCUGCCACACAGUCGCCGCACAUGAAUGCUGGCGCAAAGAGCAUAUCCAAUUCGCCUGCUAAUCGCAACUCAUUACUGCCAGACACACUGAAGAAGGAAGCCUCCAACGCAGCGGAGAGCAAGCAAGACCCCGCCGUCCCGACCAUCAACCAGCCCGAAGACACCGACGCUGGAAAGGGCACCAAAGCGAACGGCACCGCGACGACCAAUGCACCCCUCGCGCCGCCGCCUAAGCCAACACAGAACGGAGACGGCGACUACUUCAGCGGAGCGCACACCACUCAUCUCGCGAAAGAACCGAACCCAUUCGAGAACGCCUUCAGCAACCCCGCCGACACACCAGGUAAAUCGCAACUACCCGGUGUAGCGAGUUUGACCUCACCGGCACCGCUCAUUGGCAACACUCCUGGCUGGCCCAGUUCGCUUCGAUCAGGCCCAUUAAGUCCUGCUAUGCUCAGCGGGCCCACCGGCGGCAACGACUACUUCAACGGCGACCACGGAUUCGCAGGGAGCUUUCCCACACCGAACGAGUCCUCCCUUCGGACUGGCCUCACACCUGGUGGUGGGGGGUCUAUGUUCCCGCAGCCAUCACCGAACUCGCAAGCACUAUACAACCAGCUACAGAGCGGCGGCGCGACUCCUGGUACUCUCGACUUCCAUCGCACGGCGAUGACUGCUCGCGCACAAACCCACGCCAACACCUACCAACUGCCGCAAGCUACCGCGACGAGUCAAGCGCAACAAAACCCGAACAUCCAGCCUGACCUAGACAGCAAGCCUUACAACCCCAACGCAGCAACGGCACAGCAGGACAAUCAGGACCCGUUCGGCUCACACCAGACCAACGACGCCGCGAACGGUCUGUUCAUGCUCGCUCAAGCUGGUGGACAACAACGCAACUCGCAAGGAUAUCCAGUACAACAGCCACAACAGCAACAGGCCUCAUAUCAACAAACCGCCCAAGACAAGCGAGGUGCGAAGAACAGCAUUGGUAGCAACAUGUCGGGAAGCACCGAUGGACAGGGCGAGCAGUACUCGGAUGAUGCGGAUACAAAGCCUCAGACUCGCAACGGUCGUGGCAAGAAGGGAUCAACCGGCAAGGCUGCUGCUAAUGGCAAGAGGAAGACCGAUGAUACCCCAGCCAAGGCACAGGGCAACAAGAGACAGCGCGGGAGCAACGGCGCUGCCAUGUCCAUGUCAGAAGAGCCUGAAGAUGAUGACGAUAGUGGAGAUCAAGACAUGGGAGGCGAUAAGGACAAGAAGAUGACUGACGAGGAGAAGCGCAAGAACUUCCUCGAGCGCAAUCGUGUGGCCGCCCUCAAGUGCCGCCAACGUAAGAAGCAGUGGCUGGCCAAUCUCCAGCAGAAGGUCGAGAUCUUUAGCACCGAGAACGAUGCUCUUGCGGCGACUGUCACCCAGCUUCGCGAAGAGAUCGUCGGACUGAAGACCCUACUGCUUGCACACAAAGACUGUCCGGUAUCGCAAGCCCAGGGCAUUUCGGGUAUGGCCAUGCAGCAAAUCGCUGGCGACACGCAGCACUAUUCGAACCCAUACGGCAUGAUGGGCCAGGGAGGUCCCGGGAUGGCUCAGCAAGGUCAGAUGGGACAGGGGCAAAUCCAGCAGAGAGGCUAG